UGACGAAUGUGGUUUGAAAGAAGUGUGGCAAAAACGCGUGUGUGCUUCGGAAAUCGCUGAUUUUUCGCAGAUUUUCUAUCGCGGCCACUCGGUGAAAGUGCCCAACGGUACCCUGAUCGAUUCCCGUGCCCGUGGACAGUGCUAGGAUUGUGUAGACGGAACGUGACUCUGUUCCCUGUUCGAGUGCCGGAGGUUUUUUUUUUCCUCGGUCGGUGUCCGUCUUCUUUUUUUUCGGUUCUUUUGUUCCCGUUUUCCUCCUCUUUCCCCGUUGUUUCGCACGGAUUUUGCGGCUCCGGACGGUCGUGAUCGUGUGGUCGUCGUUCGUUCGUUCUGUGUGAGGAGGAAAGGUUUGCGUUUUGUUACCUUUCCGUUCCCGGCUGGAAGUGCAAGAAAAAUACUGAAUCCGCCCUGUGCGUCGGAGGUUUGAUUGAAUCCGGGAGUGAAAGAGAGAAGAAAAACAGUCCACAGCGAGAAAGAUGGCUCAGGAUACCGAUUCGAACGAGGUCAGUGCGAAGUUCUCCAAGCUGAAUGUGAACGCAUUGGAAUUUGUGCCGAGUUUUGCCAGCUCGACACCAGCGUCCACGGCUGCGGCGGUGGUGGCAGCGGCAGUAGCCCCAGUCACGACCCCAACGGCCGGAACUCCGACGGCACCCAACCAAACCAACACAGGCACUUCCUCGUCUGGCGGAGGCAAUACGCCAACUUCCGCCGCGGCAACGCCGACGCCACCAUCAAGCAGUGCCGCACCGACGCCGAUGGAUGUCAAGGGAGACGAGGAAGCCAAAACGCCAGAAAAUAAUGAAAGUGAACCACUAGACAGUUGGGACGCCGAGGAGGACUCCAUCCUGACGCCCGAAGAUGAGGAAAUGGAAUUGGACGACGGUGAGGUGGACGGCGACAGUGUCGCGAAAGUGUCCAAGAAGAAGCCCCCGAAGGUGGAGGAAAGCAAGAGCAAGAAGGAGCAUGUGAAUGUAGUUUUUAUUGGACAUGUUGAUGCUGGUAAAUCAACAAUAGGUGGCCAGAUUAUGUCCCUAACGGGAAUGGUCGACAAGCGAACACUAGAAAAGUACGAACGAGAGGCACGUGAAAAAUCCCGAGAAAGUUGGUACUUGUCGUGGGCGCUGGACACAAAUCAGGAAGAACGAGACAAAGGUAAAACGGUGGAGGUGGGUCGUGCCUAUUUUGAGACUGAGAAAAAGCAUUUCACCAUCCUGGACGCACCGGGACACAAGAGUUUCGUGCCGAACAUGAUCGGCGGAGCGGCGCAGGCCGAUCUCGCUGUGCUGGUCAUUUCCGCCCGGAAGGGCGAGUUCGAAACCGGCUUCGACCGGGGAGGGCAGACGCGGGAGCACGCGAUGUUGGCGAAGACGGCCGGCGUCAAGCACCUGGUGGUGCUGGUCAACAAAAUGGACGACCCGACGGUGAACUGGGACGUGGAGCGGUACAACGAAUGCAAAGACAAAAUCUUACCAUACCUCAAGAAGCUAGGAUUCAACCCAACCAAGGAUCUGACGUUCAUGCCGUGCUCCGGCAUCACCGGCAUGGGAAUCAAGGAACAGAUCAGUGAAUCCGUCUGCCCCUGGUACCGAGGGCCAGCCUUCAUUCCAUUCAUCGACGAGCUGCCUUCGCUGAACCGCAAAACCGACGGUCCCUUCAUCAUGCCCAUCGUCGACAAGUACAAGGACAUGGGCACGGUCCUGAUGGGCAAGGUGGAAUCGGGAAUGGCCAAGAAGGGAAUCAACCUGCUGGUGAUGCCGAACAGAACGCAAGUGUCCGUGGAUCAGCUGUGGUCGGACGAUGAGGAAGUUACCGCCGUGGGGCCUGGUGAAAACGUGAAGAUUAAAGUGAAAGGCAUCGAGGAGGAAGACGUGUCGCCCGGAUUCGUGCUGUGCGAUGCCUCCAACCCGAUCAAAACCGGAAAGGUUUUCGACGCGCAAGUAGUUAUCCUAGAACACAAAUCAAUUAUCUGUGCGGGCUACUCGGCGGUGAUGCACAUACACUGUGCGGCGGAGGAAAUUACUGUUAAGGCUCUCAUUUGCUUAGUGGAUAAGAAGACAGGCGAGAAAUCAAAGACCCGGCCACGUUUCGUCAAGCAGGACCAGGUGGCCAUCAUGAGAAUUGAGUGCUCCGGGCUGAUCUGUCUCGAGCAGUUUAAACUCUUCCCGCAGAUGGGACGCUUCACGUUGCGAGAUGAAAACAAAACCAUCGCCAUCGGUAAAGUUCUGAAGGUUAUUGAAUAAAUAAGUUUUUAAAAUCAGUACACAGACAUAGUAACGAACUAAAAGAAACAACAACGCUAUCUCGUCCUCUGCCGUAAGGAACUUGUCUCCUCAGACACAGCAAAACAAAAGAAAAACCCACUACUACUAACAAUCUGCAGCGAAAAACUACUAAAAGCCGGGCACUGCUUAGACCAUUCAUCUUCCCAAAGGUAGGUGGUAGAUGCAAGCUAUUAAAAUCGUGUUAUGUUUAUUCCUAUCAAGAAGAGAAAACAAAUCGUAGCUAGUAGAAAGUAUCUCUUCGGUAUUGCUUCGAAAGCAAAACAAUGUUAAAAGUAUCAUGGAUUCUUUCAUUCUACUGUCGGGAAACCCAUCUACCCUUUCAAAGUCCCCGAGAAGUGAAACCAAUUUUCGUUCCUUCCUUGUCGCACGUCGUCGCAUGUUGGCGAAAACAAGAUGAAACAAAACAAAAAGGGAAAAUCAAGACACAAAACACACAACAUAUAGGAAAUGCUUAUGAUAACAAUCAUUUGUAAAAGAGGAACUAAUUGAAAAUAUAAAAAAAAUAAUCGCGGAAGCGGAGGACUGAACUUAUAUACAAUAAGCGAAACACAAGAAAACAAAGUAAAAAAAAACAAGCAAACACACUCACACAGUAAACUAAAAACAAAAGAAACGAUGAUAUAAGAAACAUGAAAUGAACAUCAUACGCAUCAGGAACAAUAAUCUUAAUGAUAACACGUUAUUGUAUAAAAAGGAACAAACAAAAAAACAUCCAGGGCGAAUCGCAAGACGGCAGGCGGGAGUUCUCGAGCUCGGACGGGAAACUCCAGGGGUUUGUCUCUCCCGUCACAGACAGCGAGAGAGCACAUAACCGACGACGCGGAGAUUUACAGACCAACACGCAGACACACCAUUUGUGCGUGUUGGGGGAAUACAUGAAACCCGAAUUUAUUCGUUGUUCCAGCUUAGUAGUGGAUCAAGAGGGUUUGUAUUUGGUUAAUCCGUGACCGAACUCCGGCGGACAGUGCCUUCGAAGAGAAGUGAUUCUCUUCCAUUGCUCACUAGCAAUAAAGAAGAAAAACUGCGCUCGGAAGUCGGCUAUUAGUAUUAAUCGAAUAGAGCACCACAGAACUCAAAUGAACGUACAGUUACAAUACAAAAUAUCAUUUCCUUUUUAUGCAUGUUAUCGUAAAACGAUAUCAUGAAUAAUAUUGAUGGCAGCAGGCACUAACUGCGAAGGUUAAUUGUGGUGACGAAUCUUUCUUCCGGUAAGCAAUACAUCGAACCAUAUGAAGAUAUCUUCUGUGAAAGUAAAACUUUGUCAAACCUUUUAUGAUAUAGUAAUUUUAUCAUCUGUGGGUUGCAAAUAUAUCAGUAUGUAUUUACCCAAAGGCUUGUUUUCUUAUUCGUGGAAUACUUAUAAGAUUGUGGUAUGACACUGGCGGUGAAACCUUGGACAUUUAUGAUUUGAAGAACAUUACGUUUAUAGUAAUGAUUUGAAAUAUGAUAAAUCAAUGGUUUCGAAUAAAUCACAUCUUGAAUUUUAAUAGAUGAUUGGAAUCUGUUUCUUACAAAGCCUUAUUGCUAGACCAAGAUCCAAUCUCAUUACUAUGACAAUUUAAUCCUGUUUCACGUAUUUCCCCCGCGCACUGUUUGCACUGGUCGAGACGGACACAAAUCUUACUAAGAAAAAAAAAAAUCCAACCAAUUGUUACUUUUGAUUUGUUUCAUCAUGUAAAAUGCUUAUUAUUAUGAGGUUUUUAGCUUUUUGUAUUGCUAAAGAAAAUUAACAAACCAAGUUUGCCGUGAAAAGAGCUGGCGGGCGGGCGGUCGUUAAUCAAAUUCAUGUGUACGCGCAGUUAGGCAUCGUUAUAGCGGAGAGAGCAAGAAAGAGAGAGAUACCUAGGGAGAAUUAGGGGAUACGUUCGAAGUUGGCCGACGGAAGUAAUAGUAACUUAUAGUGGACACGACGACACAGCAAACUAGAAGUCGGCUCCAGAUUGUGUAUUUAACGAAGUGCUUCUCGAGAUUUUCGAACUUGUAUGUGUGUGUUUGCGAGGUUGUAGGUGUGAGUGAGUUCAGUAGGUUUACUAGGGUGUGGUAGUGCGGUAUCAGAGGGCGGUUUUUCACCAUUUUAGGAUUGAACAUAGAGAGUUGUAGCAGCUUCAAAAUGUCGCCUUUUUUAUUCGCCUGGAAGCAAACUGGAACCGGGGAUUGAUUGCGGAAAUGUGGACGCGAGUGUGUGUGGUCGAGUGCGAGGUAUCGAAAUGAGAAUUAAUUUAACUAGAGCUAAAUAUGCUAAAACAUUUACACAAUUUACACACCUAAAACCGUUGAGGAACAGAUUAAUGAAGAAAUAAAUAAACAUGCAGUAGCAUACAAGCAGCCAGCGCAUUGGAUGAGACAAGAUAUUAAACCUUGUUCUGUUUCGAGCUAGUAAAGCUAAAAAACGAACACACAAACAAUAAAAUUGUAAACAAGAAGGAGAGACAGAAAGAGGAGAGUAGAAAGGGGUUAUGCAAAACAGAUAACAGAAUUGAAACGAAGCAGAUAGAAAGGGAGGGUGAAACAGCAGCAAAAACAACUAUUCUACAUUUAAUCAAAACAACAAUGGAAACUCCUUUAUCUAAUUAUAAUUACUAUUUUCGUUUUUUAUUUGUUUAUCUUUUAAAGAAAAGAAGUAAAAUAAACACCUCUUUGAAAACACAA